UUGCUUUCUAAGUCUUCUUGCCCGACAUGGCCUACGCGGCCUACUUUCUCUCCUUUCUCCUCGCUGUCGGGCUUGCUAGUGCGGACCCUAUUCACAUCCCGCUCACUCGCAGGACGCACCUUGGCCGCCGUGCGUUGCUUGACCGUCUCCCGGCAGCUGCAGACCAUCUGCGUGUCAAAUAUGGAUACAAGACCGCUGCGUCAAGACUAACCGAGCGCGGCCAGAGUGCGAACAUACCCAUCAUUGAUCAGGAUUAUGACUCUUCGUAUGUAGGUAUCGUAUCCAUAGGCACCCCGCCCCAAAGCCUUCCUGUGCAGCUGGACACCGGCUCUUCCGACCUCUGGGUCGUCUCAACGUCAUGUACGGAGUGUGAGGAGGAGGACACGGCCGCAUUCAAUCCCUCCGCGUCCUCAAGUUUUAAGCUGAAUACCACCACCCCAUCAACGUUCGGUGCACCUAGCGGUGACGUCGUGCUCUCAUAUGGCAGCGGCUCAGUCAUGGGCACAGUUGGGUCCGACACCGUCACCUACGGGGGUAUGACAAUCCAGGCGCAGACGUUCGUCGCCGUCAACGCGAUGGACGAGGCAUUCUUUGAGACCAACACGACGGGCAUAUUGGGCCUCGCGUUCCAGGGCCUCUCAGUGACACAAUCGGUCCCCUUCUGGCAGGCGCUCGUCGGUGCGGGCCAGCUUUCUAACCCUGAGAUGUCCUUCUACCUCGCACGCGACGACAACGAGCCCUUCGCGUCGUAUGAUAAUUUCGGCGGUGUUUUUACGCUCGGCGGCACGGAAAGCUCGCUGUUCAUCGGUGACAUUGACUAUCAGGAUCUCGUCGGCAGUCCCCUCUACUGGACGCUCUCUGUCUCUGGCGUCACCGUCCAAGGUUCUCCAGUCAGCAUUGCUACAGGAAAUUCCGCCCUAGCGGCGAUCGACACUGGCACGACAUUGAUCGGUGCUCCAGCUGCCGCCGCCGAGGCCAUCUACGGCGCCAUCACGGGGAGUCAGGCGCUCACAGGGGAAUACGAGGGCUACUACACGUUCCCGUGCUCCACCACUGUCGACGUGUCCAUCGCAUUUGGUGGACGGUCAUGGCCGAUUAACCCAGCUGACAUGAACCUCGGAAGUAUCGAGGGCGAGUCGUGCAUAGGCGCUGUCUUCGUAAUAGACCUCGAGGGCUCUGAAGACGCUGCGGCAGAUACCGUAGAAGCUGCUGAGAUUCCCACCUGGGUCGUCGGUGAUGCGUUCCUGAAAAAUGUCUACAGCGUCUUCCGAGCGAAUCCCCCUGCGGUAGGUUUCGCUACGCUUACUGACAGCGUAGCUCAAGGCACUGGUUCCUCCAGCGUGCUAUCAGGCUCGUCUACUACUACCAUCCGAUCCGCGAGCAUCACUGCGAGCGGAAAUCCUUUGCCAAUCACCAGUGGGACUAGCAGCGUGCCGACAGGCACUUCAAGCGCCUCGUCGACGGCCACGUCGCAUGCGUCGUCAGCUGUUGGCUUGACCAUUCCUUCAACCCUUACUUCGUGUGUUCUCGCCUUCGCUGCGGCGCUUUCCAGUUGGAUUACUCUAUGAUGAUCUCGGCAACGAGCAUACGCAAGGGAGCAGUUUGUUGUGUUAUUUCACAGUAUCUGUGCUCUUACUGAUUGAAUGACGCGAGAGACACUGGUGAUGGUUCUGCUUUUCUAGGGGACAAUGCUGGGAUACUAGGACUUUGUAAAGCGCAUUCAAUCGUUGAUUUGGCGCAUUCAUUAAUCGUGUAGCAUGAAUGUAAUGAGUGGUACUCAUAGUUAGGGUUAAUUAUAGGGGACCGACUUGUGCUAUCAUGGGA